CCCAGCUGCACCCCCAUACCAAUCUGAAUUGCGUCCCCAUCACUCGCAUCGGACGAUUUUUUGGUUUUUUUACUCUCCCUCGUGCAGCCAUGGCAGCCAUGGAGGAGCUCGAGAUCCACAGCAAGUCCUACUUUGUGCGAUGGAUUCCUGUCAAGUCUGGCCACACCGUUUCCUGGAGUAUUCAGCCCCACAAGAAGUCGCUCAACUUCGGCAUCUUCAAGCACCCGGGCCACUCUGGCGUGCUCAGCUCGCCCAAUCUGUCGUCAACUGACACCCCGACCAAUGAGUCCAGCGAGAACCUUGCGGCUGGCGGUUCGCGCCAGAGUACCUCGACUUCCGUCAUUGACAAGCUGACUGCCAUGGGGUUGAAGCAGAUCUAUUGGAUCGGCAGAUGCGAGGCUGACAAGAUCGUCCAAGGCACCUACGACGUGCCUGCUGAUGAAGGAGGGAACUACGCGCUCGUCUUUGACAACACGUUUUCCAAACAGAUCUCCAAGACUGUGACGCUGGUACUGCUCACCUAUCCGACUGCUCUCCCGCCCCAGGCUGUUCCCAUUACCCAUGCGGCCACUCAGCCGACAGCUGGGGGGGCUGAGCCUGGAGAGACCGCAAAACCAAUCGCCUCGCGCAGACGAGGCAACAGUCUGAUUAUCAAACUACCACCUCAGAUCAAACUUCAACCGGGGGAGACCCCUACUGUCUACACCGGGCUUCUGCUCAAACGCCGUCGUAAGCGUCAUCAGGGAUGGGCGCGGAGAUACUUCUCGCUAGAUUUCUCGACCUCCACGCUGUCUUACUUCCAUGACCCGAAUUCCGCGGCACUGCGUGGGUCGAUCCCCCUGACAUUAGCGGCUGUCGCCUGUAAUGAAAAGUCGCGCGAGAUCUCUAUCGACUCGGGGACCGAGGUGUGGCAUCUCCGCGCGCGUGACGAUUCCGAGUUCGCAGAGUGGAAACGCGCUCUAGAAAAGGCCUCCUUCUCCAAGAAAGAUGCAGACGAUGACCACAAUCACGCCCACAGGCACCUGCACCCUGAUGCAGCACUGCGACUCCCUGCCCAGCGUUUCCUGACGAGCGCGGCUGAGGAACGCGAAUGGCUGCAGGUCUCCAACCUAGUCAGCCGAGUCUCGGGAUCCCGUGACGAGGUCCGGCGUCUAGCCAAGGACACGGAUCCCAAGUAUAUGAGCUAUGCCCCAUCAUCCCGUGGCCGGUCCGCACGAUCUCCCAGCCCUCAGCCCGCUGGGGCGAACGGCGACGAAAGACGACCCUUCUGGAAACGUAAGGCAUCGAUGCCGUCGUCCAAAUUAUCCAUCCCCAUUGACUGUACUCCUGGAGAUCGCAAACCCAGCAGCACAAUGCCUGGAGCAGAAGGCAGCGACAUCCAUGAGAGCCUAAUGGCUCUCCUCCGGGACCUGGAUCAGGUCGUCAGCGAGUUCUCAGUCCUGAUUGAAGAGAGCAAGCAGCGCCGACAGCCGUCGGAGCUCACCAUGCAGUCGCGACGAAGCAUGGAAUCGGACAGAUCCGACGAGUUCUUUGAUGCCGUGGACGGCGGAGACUCGCCCCUACUCACCAUCAAGGGUGACAGUGACGAUGAGGGAGAAGCUACGGCUGAUACGGCCUCCGCGGAUACUACCGCAGACGACGCGCCCUCCGACAGCGAUGACGAUGUCUCGGAACCCUGCGCAAGCCCUGUCGCAGGCCAAGACAAAUUCUCACCACUCUUCCCGGCACGGCCCAAGUCGCUCGCUCCGCUGCCACUCAGCGCUGUGUCUCGUCGCACCAACAUCGGCGCGCCGACUGUCAUGCCCCCGAGUCUGAUCGGGUUCCUACGCAAGAACGUCGGCAAGGAUCUCUCGCAGAUCUCCAUGCCGGUAUCCUCGAACGAGCCGCUGUCCCUGCUCCAACGCGCCGCCGAAGUCAUGGAGUACUCGUCCCUCCUUGACCGCGCGGUACAAACCACUGACCCCGUCGAACGCCUCCUGUACAUCACAGCCUUCGCUCUCUCCCCACUCUCCAACAACCGGGUCCGCGAACGCGCCAUCCGCAAACCCUUCAACCCCAUGCUGGGCGAAACCUACGAGCUCGUCCGCGAGGAUAUGAACUUCCGCUUCAUUGCUGAAAAGGUCUCUCACCGCCCCGUGCAACUUGCCUACCAAGCCGACAGCAAGGACUGGAGUCUCUCACAAUCGCCCCGCCCCACGCAAAAAUUCUGGGGAAAGUCCGCUGAAAUCAUCACAGACGGAAAACUCCGCAUCACGCUUCACACAACCGGCGAACACUUCAGCUGGUCUCCCGCAACCUCGUUCCUGCGCAACAUCAUCGCCGGCGAAAAAUACGUGGAGCCAGUCGGCGAAAUGACCGUUGUCAACGAAACCACCGGCCACCGCACCAUCUCCACCUUCAAAGCCGGCGGCAUGUUCUCGGGCCGCUCCGAAGAAGUCCUCGCCAAGGCCCUUGACCAAUCCGGGCGUGAUCUCCCGCUGGGCCUGGCGGGAACCUGGACCUCCUCGUUACAAUUAACCCGCAACGGCUCCGCAACCGGAACGACCCUCUGGAGCGCCGGCCCACUCGUCUCCAACGCACCCAAACACUACGGUCUCACAACUUUUGCGGCGGCACUGAACGAGAUCACCGCCGUCGAGGAGAAGAGACUCCCUGCGACCGACUCCCGCCUGCGUCCGGACCAGCGCGCCCUGGAGGACGGCGACGUCGACCGCGCCGAGGAAGUGAAAGUGCAGCUCGAGGAAGGGCAGCGGGCCCGAAGAAGAGAGAUGGAGGAUGCCGGAGAAACCUGGCAGCCACGAUGGUUUACACGGGUCGACGAGUCACCGGAGGGAGAACUAGUGUGGAGAUUGAAGGGUGGAAAGGAAGGGUACUGGGAGGAGAGGACGAGGGGGACUUGGGCGAGUGUUGUCCCUGUUUUUGAGACUUGAUUUCCUCUCUCUUCUUUCUUUCUUUCUUUCUUUCUCUUCACUCCUCUUCUCCUUUUUUCUCUCUUCCCCCCCCCCC